AUGGGGGAAACACAGAGCUUGACGAGCCUGCAGAUCGGAGAUGUGAUCGGGUUCGGCUCGUUCAGCACUGUGCAUGCGGGGAUCGGGGAUGGGGAGAUUCCUGUCGCUGUCAAGAGGACGAGGAUCAACAGUGACGACGUUGUGAACCUGAAGAGGAUUGAGAGGGAGAUCAGCAUCCUUGGCCGGUUGAACCACAGGAAUGUUGUGAAACUGCUGCACGUCAUGAAAGAGAAGGGGAGCAGGGGAGAGGAGGUCGUGAGUCUGGUGCUGGAGCGAUGCCUUGGAGGAGAGCUCUUUGACUUUAUCUUGACGGUGAAGGAGGAGCAUAUCGCCAAGAUCGUCCAUCAUAUCCUGGUCGCGGUGGACUACCUCCACUCUCAGCAUGUAGUACAUCGUGAUCUGAAGCUUGAGAAUGUCAUGUUCGAAGAUCCUUUUAACGUCGACAAGGAUCCUGUUGUCAAGCUCAUCGACUUCGGAUUUAGCAGGGAGUUUGGGAACGAACGGGACAUGUUCACUGCAUGUGGAUCGACCCUGUACAUCGCGCCUGAGGUGCUCAUGGCGAAAGAGACGGGUCAAGGUUAUUCAUCAGAAUGUGACUUGUGGGCUGUGGGGGUUAUGUCGUAUAUCUUGCUCUGUUGCAAGCCGCCCUUCAGCGGGCCAACGUCAUACGACAUCGGGUGUGCGAUCAAGAGUGGAAAGUAUGCUUAUCCUGAUUAUGCACUCAUAUCCGAUGAAGCGAAAGACUUCAUUGCGGGGUUACUCGAACUCGAUCCUUCCAAGAGGAUGACUGCACGACAAGCGCUCGAGCAUUCAUGGAUCCGA